GUAUACUUAACUUCUACGUUAUUGCAAGUAAAUGCGUGGAAUGUAACAGAAAAUGUAAUAUUUGGUGAGAAAAGAAACGAUACGAGGUAACAAGAGUUUUGGCUAACGCGAUUCAAUCGCGACAAUCUAAUUAUUUCUAUAAACAAACAUUAUCAAAUUACUCGCGCGUAUAUCGGGUAUUACUUUUUUUUUUCUUUCUGCAAUAUUUUUAAUUUUCAUAAUUAAUAGAACAAGUUCCUAAAAUUCAAUAUUACAUAUAAAGAACAUCUUGUCAACUAUACUUAACAAGUUGAAAUGGUAAACUGACAUUAACUAGAAAUGAGUUUUCGUUUUCUCCAAGCACAUGUUGAAGUUGCGCGGUUAAACCGUUAUAUUCGCGCUUUAGUAUGGCUUUAUGAAGUAUAGAAUGGCAAAGUUGUGGAGGUAGCUGGUUUUCUACUUGCCAUAGACUCGUCUAGUACCUACCAUCCAGAAAGUUAUUUCACGUAACGACGUGUAACCUACAUAACUUUCAACGUUAGUGCCGAAGAAACAGAGAUAGAAAUAGAUAGAUAGAGAGAGAGAGAGAGAGAGAGAGAGAGAGAGAGAGGGUGGAAAGUGGGUGUUAAGAGGGUACAAAGAGGAUGUAAAGAGGAGGAGAAGGAUACUAAAAGCAAAACCAAACGAAAUGGAUGAAAAGUAGACAUUCUAGAUUCUACAUUAUAACUAUGCUAACGUUUACCAUGUUUUAAAAUUUCGCAUUAACGAACCUGGACGAAUGUGGAAUUUUUAAUUGGUACGGAAACUACUAUUACCGGAUGUAUUUAUCUACGAACUUUGCUUAUCUCUGUUUGCAUAAUAAGAAGGGAUAGUACAAAAUCAGAAUAAUGAAUUCCGUUCACUAAUCUUCUGAUAUUAGAACACUGGAUAUGUUAACUGUAAGAAACGAGUAUCAAAGGUAAUCGCUCGAUAUUUAUUAAAAUUAAAAUGUUAAGAAACAUCACUGCACCAUCAAUUCCCUCUCUCUUUUUCGCGACAUUAAGAUUCCUCCUGUACGAUUUUUGUAUCGUACUUCUGCUUACAUUUCCGGUUCAGGAAUUAUCAUUCGCAUAAAUCAUCGUCAAAAGUCAGGACGUGUGGUUCUUUCGAAUCAGACGAUAAGGCAAAAAGUUGGAAAAUAAGCGUGGGAAUUGAAAUCCCAUGGCGGCACGUCGCAUCGCAUAUCGUAUUCGCCAAUCCAAACGAAUACGAAAGGAGACGACGAAUCGGUGGUUCAAUGUCCAACGAAAAAUGGAUUAUGGAAAAUAGGCCUUGAGAUUUAUGAUUUUUCGGAUAUGUAUACGCACGCACAGACACACACACACAUACACACACACACACACACACAUAUAACGAAUGCUGGGAACGACAAGAAGAAAAGAAAGAAAUCUUUUCUACUCAAUUUGUUUGUUGCAUUCGAUACGAAAGGAAAAAUAAAUCAAAUUGAAAUCUUUAGAAUCGAAAGUAAAAAGAACUAUCGUAAAAGAAGUAAUUUAUCAUUGGGAGAAUUUUAAUAAAAUCAGUACGUUUUUCUUAUAGAGGUUGAUAAAAAUUUACUUUACAUUGUGCACGUAAUAUCAUAGAGACAUCGAUGCUCUUUUCCAAAUAAAGAAGCAUCUGCUUGUCCUAUCAUUAAUAAUAUCUAAAAUUUAUGCGUUAGCGUAACUACAGCAAAAUAUUUAUCAUGCGUUAUUGUAGUAGCGGCGGUGCAUCGGUGAGCGUUUAUAGCACCGUGGUUUUAACCCAAAUCCAUAGAAGGUGGAUAGGGGGUGAUCGGCCGAUUUCUCUCAUUCCAUUCACCUCUUUCGAUGAUAUAGUCUCUUGCCCGCAAUGUGUUUACGCCAACGGACAUUACCCCAUCUCGGUAACGCGUACGUUUUGCCAACGCAGCAAAUAUAUACAUAUAGCUACGUACGGACAAAUAUAAUAAUGAUACGACAAAGGAAUAUUGAAAGUAGAGAAAAUAGUUUAUUCGAAAGGACUAAAGUUUCUGGAAGAAAGUUUGAAAGUUUGAAAAUUUUCUACACGUCUUUCGAAACUAAACCAUUCGAGACGAACACGUUCGAUUAUUCCAUGCGAAAGAAUCGUGUCUUCUUCGAGCCAACUCGAGUCUCUUCUUCUUUCUCGUAAAGAAAAUUCGAACAACGACCUUAUCCGUCGCUCUAUAAAGUUUACUCUUCUAAGGAACCUCCUACUACUACUAAUGCCAUAGACGAUCGCUGUAGAAUAGUUGACCCGUAUUAUCUUGGCCAACUCUGCGGUCGUUGAGCGGUCCGUGCGAAUACAUCGAUGCAUAGCAUUGCAAAUUUGGUUGGUUGGAAUAAAUCCAAAUGUCGAGUCUGCCAAUGUUUCAGCAGAAUUUAAACAAACUCUUUUUUCGCCGCACAAUAUUACAUUUUCAAGCUUUUCUCGGAUGUUUAUUAGCGUGGAAAAGAAAAGCUAAGUGUUCUUUAUCAAGCGUCUAUAUUUUCUCCCCUCUUUUUCUCUCUCUCUCUCUCUCUCUCUCCCUCCCACACCCUCUCUUUCUUACCUCCUUUCUUCUUAUCUUUUGUCUCUCGAACCUUUACAUUUUUUUUUUUUGUAAAGUUCCUUUACAUUUAUGUUGAGGCACGUCCGCCACGUGAAAGUUUCUUAUUUAAAUUUGCUCCUUGUGUCGUUUCAUAUCUCGUAGUUGUGUGUUUAAAGGCAUGUGUGGAAGUUUUCGUCUCCGUUUUAUAAAGUCUUCCUGGUUUAACGUAAUAUCCUCUUUGACGUUAAAUCGAUUUGCCCUGGUAAGGGAUGCCAGAAUAUAUUUUUCGCUGCUUGAAUCUGUUUAACGAGGCGCGAGAUAAAUCACGUGCGAUAGACCGUGAGUAAAGAAUCUUGCAAGUCGUUGCUCCCGAUUGCAAAGAAAUAAAGAUAAUGAUUUGUGGUCCUUAAUCCUUGAGAAUUCUAAAUGCUAAAUUGCUAAAUGCUUUAUUCGCUUGUAGGUAGGUAGGUAGGUAGGUAGGUAGGUAGGUAAAAGCUUGAAGGUGUCACGUAUCGAACGGCAAUCAUCGAGCGCGUGUUCGAAUAAGUGUAAAGACGCGUACACGUUAAGUGGAGCAACGACCGGAGACCAAGCAAGUCGCUUGGAAGUUGGAAGACUUGUCUGUAGCGAGCGUCGGCUCCGUUCUGUCGGCUUUUCUACGUACAAUACUUUCGUCUUUCAAUUUGGUUUACAUGGGUAAAAAAAAGACCGACGGCGACGACGUGGUAGCAACAAGGGCACCGCCAAUGGUGAAAACGAGCAAACAACGUGGGGGGUAUAUUUCCCGCGUUUCUUUCUUUUCCUUCCGCAUGCAUUGGUCGAUCUUUCUUUUCCUAAGGUAGCCGUGGCGUCGCGACGUCCUGCCGGCUGCGGCGCCCAAUAUCUCUUUCUCUCUUUCUCUCUUUCUCUCUCUCUCUCUCUCUCUCUUUUCCUCUUCAUUUCCUUUCAAAGAGAUCCUUCGAGUAGUCGAGUCGAAGGAUCGUAGAAAGCGAUGACUGGAGUACUUUCAAAGAAACUUCUUUUAUUAAAAAAAGUGUUUAUCUAUGUAGAUGUAGAUCAAUUCGAUCGAAUUUGAACGUCAAAUAGAUUUUUCAAUGAAACGACGACAUCGUCCUCUUGCAGAGAAUCGCUCGACUGACUUUUUAAUGUCCGAAACGUUUACCAUUCGUUUCACCGCCAACUCUGUUGUUAUUCGAUUUAAUUAACGUCGAACUAAUCGAUUAUAAUAGACGUGCGUCAGAGGAAUAAAAAUGUAAAUAAACGUACGUGCCUUGAAGUCGUUCGAACGUAUCCUUUGAUACAUUAAAAUUGUUAAAACUUUGAUCGGCAUUGGAAAAUCUUGAAAAAAUUUGAAACAUUUAAUACAUUAAUGUAACGUUUCAAACGAAAUAGAAGAGAAUGAGAGGGAUACUUGCAAUCGGUCGCAUAGCAUUUAUCGGAAGCUUUCAUCGAUCGCGUUGUCCUUAUCGAGCGUGAUUAAUCUCGUGUACUGGUCCUUGUGUUCUUGUACGCCUGUUAUCUCGAUGGAAAUUGCGUUACUCUUUGCUAUCGAUCGCACAAGGAAAAGCGUUUUCUGCAGGCGAGUCAAGUUUGUGCGUCGAUGCAUACAUAUUAUCGAAGAAGCGACAAAACGAAAAAGAGAGGGAAAUUUUUGGCACAAAUGAUGAAGGGUCGUCAUCAUUUUCGACGUCGAUUCAGUCUACAGCCAUCAUCGUUGAAGGAAGGACAGGAAGAUGGAACGACGAAGAACAUAAGAAAUGAGAGACUAUCGGAAUCGGACAGUGGCGGUGGUGGUGAAGGAGGUAAAUCGGUCGAAAGUUCUGUAAGACACAAAAUCGUUGUGAUGGGUGCUGCAAAGGUCGGGAAAUCGGCGAUAAUCAACCAAUUCCUUUAUGGUACCUUCACACCAAAAUACAAGCGCACGGUUGAGGAAAUGCAUCACGGGGACUUUAACGUUUCCGGUAUUCACCUCACUCUUGACAUCUUGGACACGUCUGGGUCGUAUGAAUUUCCAGCAAUGAGAGAUCUUUCCAUCAAAUCUGCCGACGCGUUCGUCUUAGUCUACGAUGUAAAUGAUGUCAAUACCUUUCACGAAGUGAAAACUUUGAGGGCAUUGAUAUUGAAUACGAAAGGAGUUGUACCUAUCGUUGUUGUAGGUAACAAAUUGGAUCUCGUUGAGAAGGAGCAAGAGGUAGAUAGCGAGAGCACCAGAGUAUUAGUCACCGCCAAGUGGGAAAACGGUUUCGUCCAAGUAUCUGCGAAAGAUAAUUUGAAUAUCUCUCAAGUUUUUAAAGAAUUAUUAUUGCAGGCUAAAUUAAAAUACAACCUGAGUCCUGCUUUACGGAGACGACGACGUCAAUCCUUGCCACCGCCUCCGCAUUUGAAUUCUCGUAGUAGCAGCGCGCACGUACCAUCGCCGGCGCAGCUGCAACACCUGCAACAAAUACGCGAGCGCGCUGAAUCAAAGAGAAAUUCUUGUAUUUUAUCGUAAGAGUUCCUGAUGUUCCUUCGAUACAUACGAUUCUACAAUGAUUUUUCUUUUUGAAUCUUUCGAUCACAUAGAUACACACAAGUUCGUCUUUCGCCAACAUAAUCGAUCAUAGGUUUAAGCUUUUAAACGGCAGAAUCUAUAUCGGGAAAGGAUUUUUAAAGGAUCGCGAAAGGAUCUGCGUAAGCUAUAUAAAUGAAUUAUGCAGAAAUUGCUACUCCUUCUGGCAAAAUCGUACGAUAUAUUAUUUCAAGACAUAAUCCUAUCUCGAUAACUGUCACCUUUUCUAACUCCUCGACAAAAAUUGAUCUAUAUCGAUCGCUUUAAAAGUCCUUUUUUAUUUCCUUAUUUUCUAGAGGAAUCAUUGAUCGAUCCAGUAUCGUUUAAUCAAAUUAUGAACUUUCACAUAUUUAAUACAAUUUAUUUAUCGAUAAUGAAACUUAUUGACCAACUUACACGAUAGGAUAUAUAAAUAAAUAUAUAUAUAUAUAUAUAUAUAUAUAUAUAUAUAUAUAUCUACCACGUACGCAGGAUGAACCGUAUAACGUAGCACCUUUCGAUCUAUAUAUAGUAUAUAUAUUAACAGAUGGUGUAAAUAUAAAAUACAUAUAUCUAUAUCUGUAACAAAUCCGAAAUAGAUAUGAAAUAAUUACAUUUAAAGCUACUCGUUGCGGGAAAUAGUAUACGUUGUUUCGCAUGGUCGCCUUAAAAAUAAAAAUCGUGAAUAUAUUCAUUUUCAUGUCAAUAUUUUCUAAACGAAUUCUCUUAGAGACGAUAUAGAGACGAAAUAUUAAUCCAUGUAUAUGAAGCUUAAAUAAAUAGAAGAAUUAUGAAUUACGUGAUUAUAGUCUCGUAUGCCUUUGAAUGUAUCUUACUACCAAUUUCAGGGUGACUUCACACUGCCCAGUAUUUUUUUCUUUACCAAUUGUUUUCAUACUUGCUUAUACGUAUGUAGGUAAAAUGUGUCCAAACAUUUAACGUAUGUAUAUUCGACAAAAAUUAAACUUACAAUUAAAUUUAAACUUUUGUGUGACAUUCCUAUUAAAUUGUACAUAAGCAGUAAUCUUAUUUAAUGAGAAUAGUAUCUACUAGCGAUUAUGCGUUAAUACUGAGAGAGAGAGAGAGAGAGAGAGAGUCAUCCGGCGAUGUAGUACGUUUCUAAAAUUUUAAUGCCAAAAUUGUGUAAUAAAAAUAUUCUCUCCUUGUGUAGAGUAAACCCUUUAAUGGAUACGUGUAUAAUAGUCGAUGUAAGAUGUCCAAAUAGUUUUGUUUCAUUUACGAAAAAUAUGAUAGAUUAAAUCUUAUCACAAAUUCUUUCUCUUUCGUUACGUUAAUGAUACAUAUUUUUUUAGAAAUCAUUAACGCUUGAUCUGAGAGUUAUAUUAAAUUUGAAAUGUAGAAAACAUUGUACCGCUAAAAAUAGCAAAGAAACAUGUAAAUAAAAUCAUUUUCCAAAAGGGGAUGUACUAUCUUGUUACCUUUAAAUAAAUAUCUACAACUACUUUAUAAAAUUAUUCCGUAAUAUAUAAGUAGAUAAAAAAACAAUUCGUUCC